UGUGUGUGCCUGCAUUGUGCGUCUGUAUGUGGUGGGUGGCACCAAAACACACCUAUAGAUUUACUGUAACACCUGCUUUCGUCGUCGUCACCAUAACAGUGAGGAUUUGGAAGAGCGCAAUGCACUGCAAGGAAGUGUAAGAACAAAGAGUGAGCAUCAGCUCCACUACACACCCAGUGCAGUGCAGAAAGAGGAAACGGAUGGCACCACGGACUCCACAGGGGCUAAAAACCUUUGGAAAACUAACAGUUAUGGCAACUUAUCACAAGUUCAGCAUGGAAGUGUAACACGGACAUGACCAUGUAUGUGGACUACAGAGUCAUCACUCAGUAUAACUUGACUGGCCGGCUAAAUGACACACAAAUGGCAGUCGUCUCUGGUUUUGUGCAGGUGGCUUCAGAGAACCAUGAGCAUUAUAUUAUUAGCCUCUUCCUCUCCUGCUUCUACAUGAUAUUCCUGUUCCCUGUCGGCUUCAUUGGAAACAUCGUUAUUCUAGUGGUCAACCUGGACCACAAGGGCCGCUUGUCAGCCCCGGACCUCUACUUUGUGAACCUGGCCAUAGCUGAUCUUGUCCUUGUGGCCGACUCUCUGAUUGAGGUGUUCAACCUGAAGGAGGGCUACUACGACAUUGCCAGCCUCUGCACCUUCAUGAACCUUUUCCAGCAGGCCAACAUGUACAGCAGUGUCUUCUUCUUAACCUGGAUGAGCUUUGACCGGUUCGUUGCACUCACUGGCUUCAUGGGCCGCAGCAUGCCACGCGCACGUCUUAGCUGCUGUCUUAUCUGGGUGUCCUCCUCUUUGUUCACCGUGCUUCCUUUUGCUAUAGCUCAAGGGCAGCACGCUGGAGAACUCAACUUCUGCUUUGCUAAUGUGACACAGAUUCAGUGGCUGGAGGUGUUGCUGGGCUUUUUGCUGCCUUUCUGCAUCUUGGGUCUGUGCUACUGGAAAAUAGCACGCAUGCUCCAGCAGAGCCGGGGGGAGCAAAGCGGCCCUCAGCAGAAGCCUCGGAGGCAGAAAGCCCUUCGGAUGAUCUCAGCAGCCGUGUUAGUCUUCUUCCUCUGCUGGCUCCCGGAGAACGUUUUUGUAAGUGUUCACCUUCUACGAGGGGACACAGAUGGCGGCACGCUGUGGCACGACUACCCCCUGACAGGUCACGCCGUCAGGCUGGCCGCCUUUUCUAACAGCUGCCUCAACCCGCUCAUCUAUAGCUUCCUCGGGGAGACCUUUCAGGACAAACUGAAGCUUUUUUUCCAGCAGAAGAGCAGAUGGAACAAGCUGCACAGGUCAUCCUCCAUCCAUGUACCAGCUACAGCCACAUGUGGCCAAGCAACAUGUGACAGACCAAACCAGUCCACACAUUUAAACUCUAACAUCAUUUUACUGACCGUUAUACUCCCCUCAAAUAAAUAUCCACUGCAUACGGUAGGUCACACAGAUGACUCCAAUGAAAAAUGUGAGUUCCCCCGAGUAGCAUUCACAGAAACCAGCAACAUAAAAUGACGUGCACAUUGGAAAG